AUGAAGACGCAUUACCAUUUGCUAGUAUCAGGAUCAGGUGAGUCUGUUUCUGCGUCUGUGGGUGAGGACAUCACUCUGAGCUGCUCUGUAGACUCUCACAUCAAACCUGAACACAUUGAGGUUUCAUGGCUAAGGACAGAUGGAGAUAUUCUGGUUCUGCUCUUCCAAAACAAUGAGACUUUCUCAGAUUCAUCAGAUGAACAAUACAGAGACAGAGUUGAGAUCCCCAAAGGAAACUUCUCUCUCAGACUGAAGAGUGUCAGAACUGAGGAUAAAGGAGUUUACAUGUGUUUAGUGUUUGCUGGAGAUCUUUCAGCCAAUGCAACUGUAGUACUGGAGCAAUUUGGUGUCUCUUCUUGGCACAUAGCUGUGUUAUUUUUCUGUUUUGCUGCUGGAUUUGGAGCUGUGCUUCUCCUCUGCUGUCUGAUCUACUGCAGAUCAAAUAACACAGUCACCAGCAGAACAAUCAGGAAUCUUCAGCUUUCUCUGGUCUUUUAUCCAAACAUCUGUAUGUUCUUUGCCUUUAUCUUCUGGGUUCUUACUGAAGAACUUCUGAAUGAGACCAUCACUUGCUGUGCUCUUAAUAUUCUGAGGUCUUUAAUGUUGAUUUGGGCUUUGUCUUAUUUAAAUUAUCUUCAAGACAACCUUAAAACAUGGAUCAAGUUUUCAAGUAGAAAAAGAGAAUUAGCUGUUUUCACAGUCGUUGUUUAUUCAGUUUUUUUGAUAGAUGCCUGGAUAAAGGCUGCAAAUAAGAAAUCUGCAUGGCGCAUCAUUUUUGGAAUGUUCUAUGGAUGUGUUGUGCUGUUCUCUUUCAUUUUGAGUAGAGGUUUUAUCAGGAUGCAUGUGAAGUGGGUCUGGUUAUAUUUUCUGUCUCUGGCACAAUUCUUCCUACUGAUUUCCUCAUUUGGACUUCCCAGUCCAGGUUUCAGUAGUUUUACUGGUCAAUCUCAGUGA